UUCACAGCUGUGGGUGGGGCGAAGGAGGCGACAGAGCAGCUCUGUCAAGAAGUUUUUUUUAGGACUCCACACUGUCGUGUUUGCACCGUCUUUUAGCUAGAAAAAAACACAAACAAACUCCGGGCAAACGGCGGUGUUAGACGGAGAAGCGUGAGCCGGACUCGGACACAGCCAUGGCGGAUGUGUACGGAUGGAGCAUGACCACACUGAACCCAGUCCAAACAGCAAACCCCUUCAUAGAGAUCAUCGAGCAGCCGAAGCAGAGGGGCAUGAGGUUCAGGUAUAAAUGUGAGGGACGUUCAGCCGGCAGCAUCCCCGGAGAGAAGAGCAACGACACCACCAAGACCCACCCAGCCAUCAAGGUGCACAACUACACCGGUCCACUGCGCGUCCGCAUCUCACUGGUGACGAAGAACUCCCCGCACAAGCCGCACCCCCACGAACUGGUCGGGAAAGACUGCAAACAUGGCUACUACGAGGCCGACCUGCAGGAGAGGAGAAUACACAGUUUUCAGAACCUGGGCAUACAGUGUGUUAAGAAGAAGGAUGUGAAUGAGGCCAUCACUUGUAGGCUGCAGACCAAUAACAACCCCUUCAACAUUCCCGAGGCGAAGGUGUGGGAGGAGGAGUUUGACCUGAAUUCAGUUCGGCUUUGCUUCCAGGCCUCCAUCACUCUGCCUACAGGGGAGCUGUUUCCUAUGGAGCCCGUGGUAUCGCAGCCCAUCUAUGACAACCGCGCCCCAAACACAGCUGAGCUGAAGAUCUGCCGCGUCAACCGCAACUCUGGAAGCUGCAAAGGAGGGGAUGAAAUCUUUCUGCUCUGUGACAAAGUGCAAAAAGAGGACAUUGAGGUGCGUUUCUUCCAGGACUCCUGGGAGGGUAAGGGCACCUUCUCCCAGGCUGAUGUCCACAGACAGGUGGCCAUCGUGUUCCGCACGCCACCGUACCGUGACACUAACCUCUCCGAGCCCAUUAGAGUGAAGAUGCAGCUCCGUCGGCCCUCUGAUCGCGAGGUCAGUGAGCCGAUGGACUUCCAGUACCUGCCUGCUGAACCAGAUGAAUACAGGCUGAGUGAUAAGAGGAAGCGUACAGGGGACAUGUUCGUUAGCCUGAAGCUGGGGCCCAUGCUGUCUAGUGUGUCCAUUCCACAAGACAGACGACACAUAAGCACGGCAAGGAGAACGGUUACAGCCAAGCCUCCGUCAAUGAACGCACAAGCUGCAGCUGUGGUGCCCCCUGGUGCCAGUGGAGCGAAACCCCAGCCCUCCUACUCAUACAAUCAGCCAGGCCAGCUUUUCUCAGUGCAGACAAAGGUGGAGGCCUCCCCUAUCUCUGCGAGCCAAACAUGGAGGAACAUGGAUAGCUUGAGCCUGGGCAACCAGCCCAAAGCCACUCCAGUGUCCAGUUUCACUAUGGGCACCACCACCUCUACCACCAUUUCCACUGUCAGCCAGGAACUCUCAACUGUCAACCUGUCAGACCUUCAUGAAUUCUUCCCCACCAUGUCCUUGGGCAUGGUCCAGGAGCCAGCAGCAUCUCAGGGAAGCACGGCCUCCUCGCAGAUCAGCAGCUCCUUCCCCCUCCAGGGCUCUCAGUUCCGGGUGGACCCACCGGUCGAUGAUGAUAUCCCAGAGUUCCCUAGCUUUUCUGAAGUCCAAGCUCCCAGCACACUGGAAAACCUAAACAUGGAUGACUUUGUGGACCUUCUGAACCCCACCCUCAUGAGCGAGAGCGGAAACGGCUUGGUUCAAGCCUCAUGCCAACAAGCUGCCAAUUCCUCCUCCUCUACCGCUGUCCAGAACAGUGGGGCAUGCCAGAACUCUUCUGACCCCGCAAGUAACCCAGGAAGCACCUGGAUGAAUUACCCCAACAGCAUCGUCAACUUGCUCCAGAAUCCAGAGGGCAUGAUGGAUAUGGCGCCCAACAACAACCACCAGCCCCACGUGCUGGAUGACUUGGAUGAGCUGAUGUCAGCUGACGAGGAUCGUCUUAUUUCUAUUCUUCACAGCGGAAACCAAGCUAGGUUUGUGUCAGGACACCCAACUUAAGGUUUGUCCGUAUGACGUCAUUACGGACAUAUUUGCAACGACCACUUUUGUCUGCUCCUUUAGCCUUCAAAACUAACAACUCCUUUGUUGUCAGGGAAGACAAAAAAGGAAACAAGGUGGAUAUGAAGGGCUGUAAGAGACAGAAUGUAGCACCCCCUGCGGACAGGAAAGAGACUCUGGUAUUCAAUUAGAGGGGUUUUCCAGGCCUUAUAUAAAGUUUGUCUGACAGUUGAUAAACCACAGGACUGGACAUAAUCCCAUUGCCCUUGUUAGCAUCAAUCAUUAACAUUUUCCACCACUGUGUCAGCCAGAUUUGAGAUUAUCGGGUUAUCAACCAACAAACAUGUGGUCCAUAAAGACACAUCAGGUGCUGAAGGCAUCUGUUUAAAUGUUUCUCUGUUGAACAUGUUAAGCAUGUUUUUGUACUGUCAUUUUGACAGUGGUCAGUGAUUAUCGCUGUCUUUAAGUCAAACUCCUAAGUCAGGUCUGCCUUUUUAUUUUAAACAAAGCAGGUAUCGUUGUCAAUAAUUAAAUUAGCGGUAAGGCUAUGCAAACGGUGCCUGUUGUCCCUUUAAUUAAAUAUCCCCGUGUUUUAUUACUUUGAAUAGAAUGUUUGUUUGAAAUGUUUUCUGAAGGUCAGCAGUAACUGUAAGAACUCUUCUUUAUACAGGUGCCUUUGUUGAGACGCAACAAAAUGUUGUACUGUUUUGAACCAUAUGAAGGUCUACAUGUAAAUAAUCAAACAAGCAACAUUACUUAACGUUAAGUACAUGCUCAUAGCAGAGAAGCUGUAUCAGAUUUGAUUUGUGUCUGGCGAUACCAUUUCCUCUGGUGUCUCUACAGUUAUUUUUAUGAAUUAUGGCUUAAGUUUGACUUGACUGUCCAGACCUGUAGGUCAACUUUCUAUACUCUAGUAAAACGUGCUUUGGAGAUGAAAUUAUGCUGUUUUAUACUAGUACGAUAUACCGUAUGCCUAUUUUUCUCUGUAAUGAUUCAGUCUGUCAAAAUUCAACAACACUUUUCUUGGCAAUAAAAAACACAACAUAUUAA